GAGCGCGCUUAAACAAAACCCCGUGUACAGUGCACACGUAAAUAUCGGCCGACGUAGUUGCUUAGUAUUUUCCUAGUCACAAAACAUGACAAGCACAACGCCGAAUGGUAAGCACGUACGGUCACACAGCCUGAAAAGUUUUCCAGCAGUGGCCGCGGCGGCUAUUGAUAGCAAGAAACCGGGCGAUAGCGACGUGGCGACUGUUGUGGCGAACGACCUACAAACGAUCACUUCGACGGCAAAGAUGUCAUCGACGUGGAAACAGGCAUGUGAUCGAACUAGAGAUCGAACUAAACAACUGUUACGUAGAACUAUGUCGUGGAAAAGUAACACGAUCAUAAUGCAGCCUGAAGAACCCAAGUUUGACGAUACGUCCAGUACGUUGGAAAUACACGUAUGGGCAUCCUGGAUGAAACGUUAUGCUAGUGAAGAUGAAUCGAAAUCAUUGGAGAUUCCAUUUAAAUUGUCGUCGUUGCAAGAGGAGAAAUUAUCGACCUUUUUCAAAUAUUAUUUAGAUGGUGAUUGCGAUGGGUUCGUAUUUGAACAUGAUUUCCAUCAAUUUUUUGAGAAAUUAAGACGUUUCGCUGAUUGGUCACCGGAUAGUGAUGAAUACAUAAUUUUAAAACAAGUCUUAAGAGAAUUAAUCCAAGUAUUCAUUCCAUGCGAAAGCGGUCAAAACGUUGCGUUUAUUAGUUUAUCAAUAGACGACUGGUUAAAAGUAUGGUGUCAAACUCUAAGUAAGUGUACAGUUGCUUCAGAUAUGCCUCUAUGGCUGAAAUACUUUCAGAAUAUAUUGUUUAAAUCUUUGGAUUCAGGUAAAGGUGAAAUAGAAAAAUCAAAUUUACAAAGGUUCUACGACACGUUUCUAGGUUCAAACUGUGAGGAAUCCAAGCAAGUCGUAAUUGACGCUAUGUACAAUUCACUUACCUCAAAUGGAGAUUUUAAGUUGGAUCGUGAUACAUGGGGUCGAUGUUUCGCAAACUGGUUAUUAGGUACCAGACCUAAUGGAUCCGGACAAUGGUUAUUUGCAAAAUGUGGCCCGACACCUGAAUUCUUCCCUAUAGAUUAUUCUGCUAUGAAUUCCACGGUAAAUACAAGGGACACUUAUUCACAUAAAAGACGAAGCGAUAGACAUUCAAUUGUGGUCUAAUAAAAACAAUAAUAAUCGAUAUUCAUAUUUGUUGCCAUGUGAAUAAUAUGCUAAACAACCCAUCGGUGUAUUUUUGUAUAUGUAUAAAGAAAAUAUAAACGUUUUUUCGUA